UAUACUUAAUGUUUGACUUAACUGAACGUCAUUUAUGUCAAUCAUAUUUCAUAUCAAGUGAUUGCGUGUCUUCUCAAACAUUCAAACCAUUCAGUCAUUGAUUGCAUUCAUUUGGUCCGCAAUUUAACUGUUAAUCUGAUCGGAAAAUCACUCCCGAAAUGGCCGUCGGAAAGAAAGCGUUGACUCGAGAGGAGGAGCUUCUGUUGCAAGACUUCAGUCGAAAUGUUUCCACCAAAUCUUCAGCACUUUUUUAUGGCAACGCGUUUAUAGUGUCGGCGAUUCCCAUCUGGUUGUUUUGGCGGAUCCAUCAAAUGGAUUUGUAUCAGUCGAUUGCGGUGUUUGUAUUGGUAUCAGUAGUGACCACUUGGUUGGUAUCAUUUGCUUAUAAGAACAUUAAGUUUGUUUUGAAGCAUAAAAUCGCUCAAAAACGCGAAGAAGCCGUCGCUAAGGAAGUUAUGAAAGGUAUCGCCGACGACAAGAAAAUGACAAAAAAAGAGAAAGACGAAAGAGUUUUGUGGAAGAAGAACGAAGUGGCAGACUAUGAAGCGACCACUUUUGCCAUCUUCUACAACAACGCCCUAUUCUUAGCUCUCGUUGUUUUCCUUUCCUUUUAUAUAUUGAGAUCCUUCAGUCCAACUGUCAAUUACUUGAUAUCAGUGACCGGUUCGGGUGCUAUGUUGGCCCUGUUUUCUACCGGUUCUCGAUAAUCGGUGACAUAUAUAUGCAUCACUUCUAAGAAAUUCAUAAAAUAAUUGAAUUUUGAUUUCAUUUUGAAUUUAAUAAAAAAUUUUGAAUAAAU